AUGUAUGACUUCUCUACAACAUAUGUCAAUCUAGCAAGUAUUAACCUUGCUAAGGAAACAGGAGCUUCUUCCUCUUUGUUGUGCUUGGCAUACCCACAAAAGCCUCUGUAUAAUGGAGGAGUCAUUCAAAAUCUAGAACUAAAUGAUGGACUACAAGGUUGGACAGCAUUUGGGGACGCUAUACUAGAACAUCGAGAAUCAUUAGGCAACAAAUUUGUGGUAGCACAUAGCAGAAAUCAACCACAUGAUAGUGUUUCCCAUAAGGUUUACCUAAGAAAGGGAUUGCAUUAUGCUUUAUCAGCUUGGAUUCGAACUACUGACGAAAAUGUUGCGGUAACAGCAAAGGUUAAAACAAGUAAAGCAUAUAAACUUGCUGGUGCCAUUUAUGCUCAUUCUAAUUGUUGGUCUAUGCUUAAGGGUGGUCUCAUAGCAGAUACAACAGAAGAAGCUCACUUCUAUUUCGAGAGCAAUAACACUUCUGUGGAAAUUUGGGUCGACAACAUUUUCUUGCAACCAUUCACAAAAAAGCAAUGGAUGUCUCAUCAACGUCGAAGUAUUGAAAAGGCUCGCAAGACGAAAGUAAUAGUCCAAGCAGUUGAUGAACAAAGACACCCUUUACAAAAUGCUAGUAUAUCAGUUACAAUGAAAAGGCCGAGUUUUCCAUUUGGAAGCGCGAUGAACAAAUAUAUACUGAAUAACACUGCCUAUCAACAUUGGUUUGCGUCAAGGUUUACCGUAACCACAUUUGAAAACGAAAUGAAGUGGUACACAAAUGAAUAUGAACAAGGCAAGGAUAACUACUACGAAGCCGAUGAAAUGCUAGAAUUUGCACGAAACCACAGUAUUGAUGUUCGUGGCCACAAUAUAUUUUGGGAUGAUUCUGCUUACAACCCUUCUUGGGUUCCAUCACUCUCAUCAAAACAACUUAACGAAGCAAUUGAAAAGAGGGUGAAAUCCAUUGUGCCAAGAUACAAGAGCCAAGUUAUUAGUUGGGAUGUUGUUAAUGAAAACCUGCACCAUUUAUUCUUUGAAACAAAACUCGGAAACAAUUUUUUAGCCAAGAUGUUUAACGAAGUUCAUAAGAUUGAUCCACAAACCACUUUGUUCAUGAACGAAUACAAUACUAUCGAGGAUAGUCGCGAUGGUUUAUCAAGUCCAUUGACUUAUAUCAAGAAGCUAAAAGAGAUCGAAAGUUGGAACAAGAAAAUCUCACUUGGAAUUGGACUUGAGGGACAUUUCCCUGAUGGUCCGCCUAACUUGCCUUACAUGAGAGCUUCCCUUGAUACACUUGCUGUCACUAGUUUGCCAAUAUGGAUCACUGAAUUCGAGGAGGCUCUUAGAGAGGCACACUCUCAUCCAGAGAUUAAGGGCAUUGUAAUGUGGACAGCAUGGACACCACAAGGUUGUUACAGGAUUUGUUUGACAGAUGAAAAUUUCAAGAACUUGCCAGCAGGUGAUGUUGUGGAGAAGCUGAUACGUGAGUGGGGGAGAGAAAAAGUGUCAUUGACAACUGAUCAAAAUGGAUUCAUUGAGACCUCCCUUUUUCAUGGUGAGUAUGAAUUGGAAAUUAAUCAUCCUUUGAAGAAUGAUUAUACUCUUAGUCAUCAGAUACAAGUGCUUUCCAUAGAUGAGUCUGAGAAAACAAGACAGUUUAUACAGCUUUCUAUUUAGUGAUUAUUAUAUUUGCUUAUGCACUGUAAACUUGUUGCAUGUAAUAAAUAUUGAAAACUGUGGCAGACUUGCAGGUUGUUUUUUCUAUCCAAAGAAUCUA